UCACCACUGGUCAUAGCUCAGGUAACAGCUGCUGCUCCUGUUCAUACAGGUCACCACUGGUCAUAGCUCAGGUAACAGCUGCUGCUCCUGUUCAUACAGGUCACCACUGGUCAUAGCUCAGGUAACAGCUGCUGCUCCUGUUCAUACAGGUCACCACUGGUCAUAGCUCAGAUGGGUCAGAUGUCAAUGCCACCUCUCCAACACAGAUGUCGACACCACCGCUCACCACCCCACCCGGCAUCGUAGACAGUAUGUUUUCAACAAUGACAUCCGAUACAACAACAUCAGCAAUAGCCAAUAGUCAAGUCAGAUUGGUCAAUGGUCCUAACUCCUGCUCUGGGAGAGUGGAGGUCUACCACAGCGGUCACUGGGGGACGGUGUGUGACGACUUGUGGGACUUGAGUGACACCCAGGUGGUGUGUAGACAGCUGGGCUGUGGAAGAGCUCUGUCUGCACCACGUGAAGCCCACUUCGGACAGGGGAACGGGACAAUCUGGCUGGAUGACGUUACAUGUACAGGCAGCGAGUCUAAUCUCACAAGGUGCAGUCACAAUGGGUUUGGAUUACACAACUGUGGACAUCACGAAGAUGCUGGUGUCAUCUGCUCAGGUGGCAGCAACACCACAGCAGCACCACCUAUCUCCUGGAACACCACAACAGGAACAGCCCGACCAACCAACCAAAUAACCACAUUGGCAGAUGCCCUGAUUAGAUUGGUCAAUGGUCCUAACUCCUGCUCUGGGAGAGUGGAGGUCUACCACAGCGGUCACUGGGGUACGGUGUGUGACGACUUGUGGGACUUGAGUGACGCCCAGGUGGUGUGUAGACAGCUGGGCUGUGGAAGAGCUCUGUCUGCACCACCUGGAGCCCACUUCGGACAGGGGAAUGGACAGAUCUGGUUGGAUGAUGUUCUCUGUUCUGGAAGGGAGUCUUCUCUCACGCAGUGUGGCCACCUAGGGUUUGGGUCACACAACUGUAAUCAUGGUGAAGAUGCGGGUGUUGUCUGUUCAGCUUCAGCAGGUGGCAGCAACACCACAGCAGCACCACCAAUCUACUGGAACGCUACAACAGAGACACGAGGACCAAUCUACCCAACAACCCCAUCGGUAGUUAACUCCACGCCAGGGUGGCAAGGGGCUAGGUCACAGUGGGUGGAGGUGGAACCAGAAGUGAUAUCAUAUCCUGGCCAGACGGUUAACCUGCGGUGUGCCUUCAUAGGAGCGCAGGUCAUACAGCUCACACAGGUGUCCUGGAUUUUUGAGUCCAGGAAGGGCGAGAUGCUCAACAUAGCCGUGUACCACCCCAAUUUUGGGGUAAUGUACCCCGCGUCACCCCUGAAGGGACGAGUUAGCUUCCCCACGCCCUCCCUCAGCAACCCUUCAAUCCAGAUCUCUGACAUCAAGAUGACUGAUGAAGGGAGAUACAUCUGUGAAUACGCCACCUACCCCAGCGGCAAUGAACAGGGCAUCACCUCCCUCGUUAUACUAGCUCUGUCAACAUCACCACCUUUCUACUGGAACACCACAACAGAAACAGCAGGAACAACCAACCAAUCAACCACAUUGGCUGGUAACACCACAACAGUUACACCAGUGACAGCGUGGCAAGAUGCCCCGAUCAGAUUGAUCAACGGUCCUAACUCCUGCUCUGGGAGAGUGGAGGUCUACCACAGUGGUAGCUGGGGGACGGUGUGUGAUGACUCGUGGGACUUGAGUGACGCCCAGGUGGUUUGUAGAGAGCUGGGCUGUGGAAGAGCUCUGUCUGCACCACCUGAAGCCCACUUCGGACAGGGGAACGGGACAAUAUGGAUGGAUGAUGUUGGAUGUACAGGCAGCGAAUCUAAUCUCACAAGGUGCAGUCACAAUGGGUUUGGGAGACACAACUGUAAUCAUGGUGAAGACGCUGGUGUCGUCUGUUCGGACUCAGAGCGUCCUUCCAACUUAGGCCCAGAGCUGGUGUGUGGUCGGCGCCUCCUAGAGGUGGGUCUCAGCCGGUCUGGUCUGGAGACUGCAGGUCUGAACGUGUUCUCUGCUCACCUGGCCGACCUCCGCUGCUCCUCCCACCAGGAAGCUAACGGCACAGUGUGGUUCCAGGUGGAGCGCAGGGAGGGCAGCUGUGGAAACACAUUGACGACCAACAGCAGCCAUGCCAUCUACUCCAACAGUUUAUUCAUCUACCAGGUGCACAAUGUCUCCUUCACCCGACCCGUGAGCAUACCUUUCUCCUGUGCCUAUCCGCUAGACACAGAGAGCAGCCUAGAUGUGGCCGUCGUACCCUACCUGCCGGUGGAAGGUGUAGUUUCAGGUAUUGGCUCCAAGGCAUCAGCCUCCAUGUCUCUGUACCACAACUCCAACUACACAGAGCCUUACCCAGCGGGUCAGAGAGUCACUCUGCCACUGGGCUCUGCUCUGCAUGUGGGUGUGUCCGUCAACGAGACGGAGACGGAGCGAUUUGUGGUUGUCCUGGACAACUGCUACGCCACUCACUCCCCCAACCCUGACGACCCUAUGAGAUAUUUCAUCAUUCAAAACAAAUGUCCUAGUGAUCGUACCCAGGUGAGGGUGGAGGAGAGUGGCUCAUCACUCGAGGCUCGCUUCUCUGCGCUGCUGUUUGUGUUCCAGGGGGACUACCAGGACGUCUUCCUGCACUGCAGCCUCAGCCUGUGUGACCAGAGGAGCUCCUCCUGCACUCCAUUGUGUUCCAGACGAAGGAGAUCCCGUUCCAUCUCCAGUUCCGUUCCCCUUAAUCCCGUCACCAUCGGUCCAAUCAGCUGGACUUGGAGUCUGGACUGAGCCUUGGGAGGUACUGCAGUGAGCCGUAUGUGAUUCAUUGUCCUUAUACUUUUGAAUGUACAUUUUCACAUAUCACUCUGGUUGUGUUUUGUGACUAUUGUAUAUUGUCUUUGUGUUUCAUUGUUGCAGUAAAAUACCCAGACAUUCAGCUGUCUUAGAGGUGUUUACCUUUUUCCUCAGCCUUAAAGGCCCAGUGCAGUCAAAAUUCUGUUGUUCCUCAUUUUUGUAUCAUAUUAUACAACAGCUCAUGAAACUAACACUGUAAAAGUAUGAAAAUUGUAUCACUGUUAUUUCCUGAUAGUUGGUGGUUGAAAAUACAAUCUACACAGGACCUUCU